AUGAAUCCGCCGUUCGAGGCGUUCGCGUACGACGCGCGCGACGCGAUCGAUGAACGCGAUGCCGCUGCCGUCCGUCGUCGUGUCGACGGUUCAGCGCGCGCGAAGACGUGGACGAGCGACGACGAAGACGCAGACGAUGACGCGCGGUCGAGCGCGUCGGAACCGAGCGACGACGACGACGACGACGACGACGACGACGACGACGACGCGAGCGAUGCGAGCGAAACGUCGGACGAAUCGUUAUCGUCGCUCGAUGGCGAUGACGUCGCGGAGGACGUCCGAGGACGACCGCGACGGGCGACGGCGCGCGCGGCGCGCGGCGCGUUCAAGGAGGUGGACUCGGACGACGACGACGAAUUGAUGACGAGCGCGAGCGAGGACGACGACGCGGACGCGGGCGGUGAAGACGACGACGAGAUCGAUCGGGACGUGGUGGAAAAAAUAGUGUACUGUCGCGCGAUGAAAGACGGAGAUGGAACGGUGACGUCGACGUUGGAAUUUUGCGUGAAGUGGGAAGGCGUGAGCCAUAGACGAUGCUCGUGGGAAAUCGAGGAGACGCUCCAGCGGGAGGCGCCGCACAAGCUGAAGACGUUUCUGCGCAAGCAUCACGGCGUCGAGGCGCAGGACGCGCCGUAUCCGGCGAUGUAUGACGUCAUCGAUCGCGUCAUCGCGCACAGAGACGGCGAAUCGGAGGGUUCGGUGGAGUAUUUGGUCAAGUGGUGCGGGCUCGGGUACGCGGCGGCGACGUGGGAAGCGAGCGAAAGUUUAGCGACUCCGGUGGACGAGGCGCAGGUGGCGCGGUAUUGGCGAUUUUCCAAGCCAGAAUUUUUCGAACGCACGGAAAUGCCACACGGCAAGCCGGUGCCACCGGAGUUUCAGAACAACAUGGCGCUGCGCGAGUACCAAGUGACGAGCUUCGAGUGGAUGGUGAAUAAUUAUUGCCGCGGACGCAACGUCAUUUUGGGCGACGAGAUGGGUUUGGGAAAGACGGCGCAGUGUAUCUCGGUGAUUGAGUACGUGCGCAAGAACCUCAUCCGUCGACGACAACCCGUGUGCGUCGUGGCCCCGCUCACCACGCUCGGACACUGGAAGCGCGAAAUGGAAAAGUGGACCGACAUGAACGCCGUCGUGUACGACGGCUCGGCGGCGGAUCGCGAGAUGUGCGCCGAGCACGAGUUCUUCAUACCGGGGACGCGAAGGGUGAAGUUUGACGUCAUGUUGGUGAGUUUUGAGAACGUGCGUCGGAACACGGAAUUGUUCGAGCAGUUUUCUUGGGCGAUGUGCGUCGUCGACGAGGCGCACAAACUCAAAGACGUCAACUCGCAGACGACGCUGUCGGUGACCGCGCUUCGAUAUGAUUGGUUGCUUUUACUCACCGGAACGCCGAUCCAGAAUAAUAUUAAAGAACUCUACGGCAUGCUGCACAUUCUAGAUCCUCGACAGUUUCAUUCGUGGGAGGAUUUCCAAGACGAGUUUUGUGACGAAUCCGGCGACGUCGACGCCGAGCAAGUCAUGCGUCUGCGCGAACUUUUGAAGCCUCGCAUGUUGCGACGAAUGAAGGAGGAUGUGGAAAAGAUCCCGGCGAAGGAAGAAGUUGUGGUCUGGGUAGAGCUCACGGCGCAGCAGCGAGGGUACUACCGCGCACUGUAUGAGAACCAAAUUCACGUCUUGUUGGAAGGAUCCAAGGUGAAGAGCGUCCCGCAGCUUCGCAACUUGUCCAUGGAGCUUCGCAAGGUGUGCAAUCAUCCAUUCUUGUGCGACGGGUUGGAAGAAGACUACACGAAUAAACGGUUGGCGGCGUGUGCGGAAAAGGGUGAUCAACCGCCCAACGCGCUGCAGUUGCUCGUCGAGGGAAGCGGGAAGAUGGGCUUGCUCGCCAAGCUUCUGGCCAAGCUCAAACGCGACGGACACAAGGUGUUGAUUUUCUCGCAAUUCACCAUGGUUCUCGACCUUAUUCAGGAUUUCAUGAACGCAUCCGGUCAUGAAACCGAACGUUUAGAUGGUAACACGUCCGCGGAAAAUCGCCAGGCGGGCAUCGAUCGAUUCAACACUCCGGGCGCGGGAUUCGCGUACUUGCUCUCGACUCGGGCGGGCGGCAUGGGCAUCACGCUCACGUCCGCGGAUACCGCCAUCAUCUUCGAUUCUGAUUGGAAUCCGCAGAAUGACUUGCAAGCUAUGGCGCGCUGUCAUCGUAUCGGUCAAACCAAAGAAGUGAAGGUGUAUCGGUUCAUCACCAAGGACACGUACGAGCAGUCGUUGUUUGAGACGGCUUCGAGAAAGUACGGUCUUGACGAGGCGAUCCUGGGCGGCGGCGGCGACGAUGAGUACGGCGGUGGCGAGGGGCGUCAAUCUAAGAAGACGGCUAAAGAACAAGCGCAGAGAAUAAACGAGUUGCUCAAAUUCGGUGUUCACGGUGCCCUGAAGGACGGUUCAGGUGAAGAGGCGAACGCGUUCGAGGCGGAGGACAUCGACGAGAUUCUCGCGCGUCGCGCCGAGCACCGAGAGGUUGGUCCGCGCGUCGGUAACUCGUUCUCCGUGGCCACAUUCGGCGCUGAGGCAGGUGAUGACGUAGAUGACGAAACGUUCUGGGCCGAGGCGUUCGGGAGCACCGCGAUUCAAGCGGCGAAAGACAAGGCGGCUGAGCAAGUCGUGGACAAGCGUUUCGCCGUCGAAGGUCCGCGCAAGCGGCGCAAGGUCAACUACAAAGAAAGUGUUGCGCUCAUACAAAACGCCGAAGCGCCUCCUCACGGUCGAAAGUCGUCGCGCGAGACGUACAACCAGCGCCGAGCCGAAUCCAAGCGUCAGCGCGAGGAGGACAAGAAGCUCAGACACGAAGAUCGUGAGGCGCGCCGAAAGGAGCGCGCGGCGGAGAAGGAGCGCGCGAGAGAGGAAGCGAAGCUAAACUGGUUGACGUACGAAGUUGAGCAAACUAUCGAUGCUGUCGUCGCUUUCGGCGCACCAGAUGGGAACGUUUUUCGCGCCGUCACGUAUGGGACCCUGGACGUGGACAAGCCGUUCGAGCAGAAGAUGGAGGUAGCGAACGCGAUUCUGGCCAUGUUCGCCGCCAUCGAAGCCGCUCGAGGGAAGUCGACGAGCGACGGCGUUUCGACGGUACAAACGCGCGCGAGUGAUGUGCAAGACGGCGACAAGGACGAUGAUGGCGACAAGGAUGAUGACAAAGAUGGCGACGAGGGCGAAGAUACCGAGGAGACGAAAGCCGCCGUGUUUUCGGCUUUGGAGCGAGUCGUCGUUCCCGAACGAGCGACCAACGCGCUCGUGAGUCGCGUGUUGUGGACGAAGAUGCUCCGCGCCAUGCCGCGCCGCGCCAAACUGAUGCGACAGCGCGCGGCGCUGGCGAAACUCGUGCAAGUAGACGAAGAACUGAUCGACGUCGAGGGCGCGGAUUCGGCGCAAACGGCCUUGAAGACUGGGUUGCCAAAGGAAAAGGCGGAGUUUAAUGUUCCAACUCUCGGGCACAAAGCGACCGUCCCAGCGUCGUGGUGGACGACGGAGGAUGACGCCGAUCUUCUUCGCGGUUCUUUACGCUACGGCUACACGCCGGGGUACACGCCGGCGCUCGAGAAGCAGCUCGAGUGCGUGCGUAACGAUCGAUCGUUACGAUUCGCCGCGAGAACCGGCGUGUACGACGACGGCGAGUACCGCGAGGUGGUGGAUUGGCCGCCAUUGUCGACGCUCAAAACGCGUCUCGCGCGAUUGUUACAAGCUCUUCUGCGCCCGCCGAAGAAACCGUCCAAGGCUGAAAUUCUCGCCGCACAAAAGAAAGCCGCAACCGAGGCGCGCCUGAAGCGCGACAUGGAGGCGCUCCGAAUGUGGCAGACAAAGCAAGCGCAACGUCGACGCUCGACUAGCCCGAAAUCGAAGACGUCAACGCCUCGAAAGCGCAGUCCGCUGAAACAAGUCAACAGACAACAGGCGUCGCUGCACGCCUUUUUCACCGCUCCCGCGCCUCGAUCGACGUAG